CCUUGAAUCUUGACUAAAAUGCCCUACAAUUUGUCAAAUUUUCAAAAUAUGAAGUGAUCUUUUGUGAUUUUUAUGUUGAUUGUGUAAUAUAUUUGCUAUUAUAAUUGUUUUAAUUUAUAAACCAAUCAACUAGAGUUGUCUUUCUUUAUACAUAUUAUUAACCGGCUUAGAAAAUGAAUUAUUAGACAGAAGGAAGUAACCCAAACCUUGUAUUGGUUAUUAUGGUAUAUUAACGCUGUUAUUAAGCAAAGAAAGAGUUGUAAUUAUGUCUAGAAUAUUAAAUCAUCGAAUGAGAUCUAGUCUAAGAAGACCCUCUUCAUGGUCAUGUGUAGACAAACGAGCUGUCGCUUUCUCUGUAUGGACUGGGCGUAGUGUACUUUUACACAAGCCACUAGACAGUUACCAGAUACCAAGACGAAGAUAUGGCAUGCUUAUUGCCCGGGCAGUUCGAGGGGUGUUAAAAAUCAGAUAUUUAUUACUUGGAGGCGCUGUUGGAGGAGGAAUGACUUUAAACAAGAAAUAUGUGGAAUGGAAAGAUGGACUUCCAGAAAUGGGAUGGUUGAAUGAUUUAUUGCCAGAUAAUGAACAAUGGGAUAAAUUCACCACAACACUCUUAGAUGCUAAAGAAAAAAUUGGGGAUCAGUUUCAAAUUGUAGGUGUGCCACUGACGCUGUCGAUACACUCAGAUCCGAGGUUGCGAGAGGCUGGUGCAGUCAGGGCUGCAGAACUCAGGGAGUGGCUGGCGCAAAGAUAUGAAGAUGCAGUGGCUGCUGCUGCUGUAAAUAAUGCUACCAGCAGUAUUGAACCAGCUCCUAAAAUAGUCAACAAUUUACAAAGUCGACCAGCACCAAUGUCAGCCAAAUCAUCUAACACCGACGAAACUGCUGCUUAUGAGCGCCGCGUUCACGCUUUGCAAGAGGAAGUGCUAUCACUACAGGCACGUUAUCAGCGCGAGUUACAAAGACUGGAGCAAGAAAAUAGAGAACUCAGACAACAAAAUAUGUUGUUGAGGCAAGGCAGACAACCAUCAACUAAAAAGAUGAAACGUUCCCUAAUUGAUAUGUACUCAUCUGUCUUGGAUGAGUUGGCGGACUGGGAUUCUGGUGAAGCAGGCAGAUUGCCUAGAGUAGUUGUGGUAGGUGAUCAGUCUGCUGGCAAGACUUCAGUUCUGGAGAUGCUGGCUCAGGCCAGGAUUUUUCCAAGGGGAGCUGGAGAAAUGUGUACCAGAGCACCAGUAAAAGUAACAUUGUCGGAAGGGCCUUACCACGUGGCACAGUUCAACGACUCGUCUCGCGAAUUCGAUCUCAAUAAGGAAGCCGAUCUUGCUGAUCUACGAAAAGAAGUUGAGCUGCGUAUGCGCAAUAGCGUUCGUGGUGGUCGUACAGUGUCCAACCAACAGAUCGCCAUGUCUGUGAAGGGACCUGGUAUACCCCGUAUGGUGUUGGUUGAUUUGCCCGGAGUAAUAUCUACUCAAACGGUGGAUAUGGCAUCUGAUACCCGAGAGGCGAUCAAAGAAAUGACCAAGCAGUACAUGGACAAUCCUAAUGCUAUUAUACUCUGUAUACAGGAUGGCUCAGUUGACGCUGAACGAAGCAAUGUGACCGACUUAGUAUCAUCCUGUGAUCCGUCUGGAAAGAGGACUAUCUUUGUUCUCACGAAGGUUGACCUUGCUGAAGAGAAUUUGGCUAACCCCAAUAGAAUUCGACGUAUUUUGGAAGGCAAAUUGUUCCCAAUGAAGGCACUCGGAUACUACGCGGUGGUGACUGGCAGAAGCAGGAAGGAUGACUCCAUACAAAGCAUCCGCGAAUACGAAGAGAGAUUCUUCAGAUCUUCUAAAUUAUUUAAAGAUGGAAUGGUAGCGGCCGGUCAAGUGACUACCCGCAAUUUGGCGUUGGGCGUGGCCGAGUGCUUCUGGAGGAUGGUGAGAGACUCUGUGGAACAACAGGCGGAUGCGUUCAAAGCGAUGCGAUUUAAUCUAGAGAGCGAAUGGAAAAAUACGUUCCCACGCCAACGUGAACUGGACCGUGAUGAGUUGUUCGAACGUGCGCGUGCAGAAUUGCUGGACAAGUCUGCAGAAUUGUCGGGUGUACCAGCCGCAGCCUGGGAAGCCCGGCUCCAAAAAGCCUUAUGGGCCGCGGCCGCGCAGAGAAUAUUUGCUGGGAUAUAUCUACCAGCAGCAGCGAAUGCUAGCGAAGACGUUGAUAAAUUCAAUACAUCGGUGGACAUUAAACUUCGGGAAUGGGCGGAAAAUGAACUGGCCACCCUCUCCAUACAAGCUGGGCGACAGGCGUUACGCGAGGAGUUCAGUGAACUUAUGUCCAAAUCUUCCGAUUCCGACGCUAUCUAUGAACCAGUGAAGAAGGCUGCUGUGGAUGAAGCCUUAUCUAGACAUCAGUGGGAAGAAAGGGCUCAGGACGUCCUGCGUGUACUGCAAGUAAAUGCGCUUCAAGAUAGGUGCGUGGCUUCGCGUGGUGAGUGGGACUCGGCUGUAUCUCUUAUGGAAGACGCGCUCAAGGAGCGACUUAAGACCACCGAAGAAGACCUCAAGUCACUUGCAGGUCCCGGUUUCCGAGAGCGCUGGCUGUAUUGGCAAUCGAGUAGCGAAGAACAGAACAGACGUAGUGAAGUGAAGUCGGAGUUGGAGCGCCUCGGCUCUAGCAGGCCCAAUCUCUCGUACGAUGAAGUGGUAGCUGUGAGGGAUAAUUUGAGGCGGCGAGGCGUCGACACCGAUAACGAGUAUAUACGGGAGACGUGGAAACCUAUUUAUUUAAAACAAUUCCUACAACGUGCAUUAUCACGAGCGAGGGACUGUCGCAAGAGUUUCUAUCUGUACACGCAACAGAAUGGUACUGGGAAGGAAUGCUGUGAAGUAGUGAUGUUCUGGCGGGUUCAAAGCGCACUGCGGACUACGGCGAAUGCUUUAAGGCAACAAAUUGGUAAUCGGGAGGCUGGUCGACUGGACCGGGAACUGAGGGAGGUUCUGGACGAGAUGUCGUCUGAUGCAGAUAUGAAGAAAAAACUACUCUCUGGUAGACGAGUUGAACUCGCUGAAGAAUUGAAACGCGUGCGACAUGUUCAAGAGAAACUGGAGGAAUUUAUUGAGGCGUUAAACAAAGAGAAAUAAGCGUAGAUAGAUAUUAAUUUAUUUGAAACUGCAUUUCAUUGACUUCGAAACUAUUAAACUUGUAAAUAGGUCAUGAAUUUGCGUAUUAUAUAUAUAACUACCAAAUAAUACGCAAUCUAGAUAUUGCAUAACAGGAAUUGUCGGCUUCAGAAUUAUUUCAUAGCAAUAAACUUAGUUUUAAUCCAAAAUAUCACCUUACUACAAAUGAAUUUCUAUGUUUACAUUAAAUCUUAUGAAAUAUAUAAUUAGAAUAUUUUCUGUGAUCAUGUUUUUCCUAUAAAACCUAGUCAUUUUGCAGAAUAAAAUGAUUAAUUCAUGAAAUAGGUUUAGAACCCUUUUCUCGUUAUAAGUUUGGAAACUUACUCUUAACUCUGCUUUAGUCAGUUUAUUGAAUAUUUAUUAUAUGACACAGGUCAAUGAAAUGCAGGGUAUUUCAAGUCGACUUAAUAAUAAUUGUUAAAUAAAUCUAACCUAGUGCCAGAUAGUGCGCCUGAGGCUGUGACGUCACUAUUAUUCUUAUAGUACAGUACCCGGCCAUUCGCAAGUCGCAUCGUGCUUUAGAAAGAGAUACUCAGCUAGCUUAGGCUUCGUAUAGCGUCGUCUCUUUCUCUUAAUAGUUACCGUACUGUUAGUGUUUUGUGUGACAGAGAUGACGCUCUACAAAGCGAGUAUCUCUUUCUAAAGCACGAUGCGACUUAUAAAUGGCCUGGUACUGUACAUAGUAUUUCAUACUAAAUCUUAUAAAACUUUGAUUAUAAAAAUCAAUACAAUUAUUCAUUAGCAGAAGCUUCUCAUUGGUCUGUACUGGAUCCUUAAAAGUACUACACGAUGGGCAUAAUGCACUAACACUACUCCUGUGGAAUUUAUCUAUAUAUCUUUAUGUUUGGCUUCUCUCUUGUUUAUAGCCUAUACUUAAUUUGUUAUAUUUAUUUCAUUUUAAAGUUUAUGGCCAUAGCGAAGGUAGCCAUUUUCAAAACAUGUUUCUUUCUAAAUUAUUGUUACUGUUCAUAAAGUUGUAUUUGCGAGCUUGUGUUGAUUUUGUAAUUGCUUAACAUGAGUAAGAAGUUUUUAAACCACUAUAAGGCUUUUUUAAACGUUUGUUUUAAAGUCGACUUGAAAGCGUAUCUCAUAGUAAAUAUUGUGUAGUUUACUAUAGAAUGUAUAUAGGUUGCAUAUGUUUGUCAGCUCGCAUGUAUUGUUACUUACGACUCCAUAAGUUAUAUUUUUAAUAAAAUGUUGCACAAAAUUAGAAACA